GCAACGCGUAGCUGUCAAGUUCUGUCCGCGCCAGCGGCAGAGAGGAGACAGAGUGACAGGACAAAAUACAAAUAAAUGAACGGGACACUAAAGCGAUAACAAAACCGACUGGAAUAUUGCCGGUCCUUUGGUUUAUUUUAGAGGAUUAACGCUUUAUUGUUAGGGCGGCGUUUUCAGGCUUCACAGCGGCCACCCAAGUAAGGACGCGGGUUCCUUCCGGAAAGCUUUGUCCCCAAGAUGGCGGCGCAGUUGGCGCUAAAUUCAGAAGCCAGCCUGUGGGGCCCUUAUAGAGAAAUAUGGCAGACCGUGGUGGGGGCGCUUGUGAAGAGGCAACCGGAAGCCAUUCAUUCGCUCGAUAUCGUCUUAAAGAAAUAUAAACCGGACUUCAUCUCUCUCUUCAAAAAUCCACCAAAGAGCGCUCAGCAACAUGAAAGAGUGCAGAAAGCCAGCAGCGAGGGGAUUCCUAUUAAAGGGACGCAGCGGACCCGGAUCCUGGAAGGACAGCUCAUUAAGGAAGCCUUCAUCCUUAGCGACCUGUAUAAUAUCGGAGAGGUGGCAGCCGUAGAACUUCUACUUUUAGGUGAGCAGCAGCAGCCUACCUUCCAUGGCCUGACGAGGGGCUUGGUAGCCAUACUGUUGUACUGGGAUGGAAAGAGCUGCAUGGCUGAUUCCUUAUUACACCUCAUCCAGGCAAGAAAAGGCAGGACCUUCACCUUGAAUCACAGCCCCGAGCUUGUGUCCAUGGUAACUCGUUUCACCGAUGAUCUAAUGGAGCAAGGCUUGACUAAUAAAAUCCUCACCUUGAUCUCUCAAAUUGACGUGAACAAUGAGUUUGACAAGUUGCUGAAGGAUCGGGGCCUGGGCAACGAGAAGCAUCGGAAAGAGGUUUCUGAUCUGAUAAAGGAAUGUCGGCAGUCGCUCGCACACAGCCUGUAUUCAUGGAGUUGCCAGACACCACUAAACAAAGAAGAUACACUACUUUUGAUUGGAUACUUGGAAAAAGUAACAGUAGAAGGAGAUGGCUCAUUGGACAAAGUGAACUUGACCCUACUGAUGUCACUUCUCUAUUGCUUGGAUGUUGGCUUUUUGGAGCAAGCGACAGAUGAUCGAGAAGAACUGAUAAAGCAGACCAGCAUGUUCAUGGACAGACAGUACAUUGCCGCCAUCCAUAACCGCCUGCACGACACUCAGCCGUGGAAGCUGCCGGGAAUGCAGGCUACGGUCAGACUCGCUUGGGCCCUGGCUCUUCGAGGGAUCUCUCAGUUCUCAGAAGUCUUAGAAUUUUCAGAAGCAGACGAGCCAAUGGCAGAGCUAGCGAUCAGCGGCAAUGUCUUCCUCUUCCUCACGGAGGCAGUGGUGGGAUCCGAAAGCUUCUGUGCAGAUGAGUUCUUUAUACGAAGGAUUCACAAACUCGUCACCGAUUUCCUUACUCUCAUGCCCAUGAAAGUAAAGCAGCUGAGAAAUCGUGCAGAAGAGGAUGCCCGACUGAUCCAUAUGAGCAUGCAGAUGGGAAAUGAGCCCCCUGCUUCUCUGCGUAGGGAUUUGGAACAUCUGCUCUUACUGAUCGGUGAGCUCUACCGGAUAGACCCAUUCCACUUGGAACUGGCGUUGGAAUACUGGUGCCCCGCAGAGCCUCUCCAGUCGACAUCCUUGAUGGGAUCCUUUCUUGGUGUGGCCCACCAGAGACCACCUCAACGUCAGGUCGUCUUGUCCAAGUUCGUGAGACAGAUGAGUGACCUGCUGCCAGCCACGCUCUACAUACCUUAUCUUAAGAUGCUCAGGGGCCUUGCAAGUGGCCCUCAGUGCGCCCAUUACUGUUUCAGUCUGCUAAAGGCCAAUGGGGGCAGCAGCGAGAGCUUGCAAGCUGCAGGGGGUAGCCCAGUGUCCUGGGACCACUUCUUCCACUCUUUGAUGCUGUACCACGAGCACUUGCGGAGGGAUCUACCAAGCACAGACAGUAUACACCUGCGUCACCCUCCUCUCCGUGGUAUCACCCAGCGAGAGCUCGAUGGCCUGAUUGCCUGCUUGCAGCUCACCCUUACCAUCGUCGAUUGGAGUGAAAGUGCCCGCCUUGCUCUGUGUGAGCAUGCCCAGUGGAUGCCAGUGGUCGUUAUUCUUGGCCUCCUGCAGUGCAGCAUCCCACCACUCCUUAAGGCUGAGCUCCUGAAGACACUGGCUGCAUUUGGCAAAUCCCCAGAGAUCGCAGCAUCCCUCUGGCAAUCCCUCGAAUAUACACAGAUUUUGCAGACUGUAAGAACCCCAGGGCUACGGCAAGGAGUCGGGAUUGAGGUGGAACUGAAUGAGAUCGAGUCUCGGUGUGAGGAGUACCCCCUGACCAGAGCAUUCUGCCAGCUCAUUAGCACUUUAGUGGAGAGCUCCUUCCCCACCAAUCUGGGAGCGGGUUUGAGAGCACCCGGCUUUGAGCCAUACCUCCAGUUUCUACGGGACACUGUGUUCCUUCGGUUCCGCACUAGAGCCUACAGGAGAGGCGCAGAAAAGUGGGAGGUAGCAGAGGCUGUACUGGAUGUCUUCUACAAGCUUUUGAAGGACUAUGAGCCCCAGCCUGAAGACUUUGUGGACCAGUAUGUGGAACUCCAAGGAGAAGAAAGAGUUGCUUUCAAGCCCCCGGGGUUCAGCCUCAUGCAUCACCUUCUCAAUGAUUCUCCGAUGCUGGAGCUCUGCCUCAGCCUCAUGGAAGAGGGGGUCACCCAGCUGGACACUUACGCCCCUUUUCCAGGCAAGAAACACCUAGAGAAAGCAGUGGCUUAUUGUUUCAUGCUCCUCAAUCAGACUCUGCAGAAGGAGAAUCGCUUCAUGGAUUUGUUGAGGGAAAGUCACCUGUCGUUGAUUGUGACCCCUCUGGAGCAGCUCCUGCAGGGAAUUAACCCACGAUCCAAGAAAGCUGAUAAUGUCAUCAAUAUUGCUCGAUAUCUCUACCAUGGGAACAGCAAUCCCGAGCUUGCCUUUGAAAGUGCAAAGAUCUUAUGCAGCAUCGCCUGUAACUCCAAGAUCCAAGAAAAGAUUGUAGGAGACUUUACCCAAGAUCAGAACGUGACCCAGAAGCUGAUGGUUGGGUUUGUUUCAUGCCUGGACAGCGAGGAAGCAGAGGAGUUACUGGAUUCAGAGAAAGAGGUGGAGGACCAAGCCAAGCAGACGAACAUCCGGUACAUGACAAAGAUUCACAUCCUCAAUCUUCUGAUCACCUCCCUGGAAAUGAAAGCCCCCAACCUUGCCAUGUUCCUUCUCGGCUACGAACUGAAGAAGCCAGUCAGCACGACCAACCUGCAGGACUCUGGUGUCCUGGGCUGCCCGCGGACCUGCCUUCACUCCAUUUUAGACAUCUUGAGAAAGGGGACUGAUGGGCGGGCUGGACCCAUAGCCAUAUGGGAUACUCCUCAUCUUGCUGAACUGUGUUACCAGGUGAUCUACCAGCUGUGCGCUUGUUCAGAUACCUCUGGCCCCACCAUGAGAUACCUACGGACCAGCCAGGAUUUCCUCUUCACUCAGCUUCAGCACCUGCCCUUCUCUGUGGAAGAGUAUGAGAUCUCCGCCAUGAAUCAGAUGUCCUGGCUGAUGAAGACGGCGUCCAUAGAACUGCGCAUCACCUCCCUAAACCGCCAACGUUCCCACACGCAGAGGCUCCUUCACCUGCUGCUUGACGACAUGCCCACCAAACCGUAUUCAGCAGCUGAUGGCGAAGGAGGAAUGGAGGACGAAAGCCGCAGCCUCAGUGGAUUUCUGCACUUUGACACUACCUCAAAAGUCCGCCGGAAAAUCCUCCGCAUCCUGGACUCCAUACAUUUCAGCAAUGAGAUCCCGGAUCCCCUGCAGUUGGAUUUCUUCGAUCGCAGCCAGAUAGAGCAGGUUAUUGCUAACUGCGAGCACAAGAACCGCAGAGGGCAGACCGUCUGCAACGUCAAGCUUCUCCAUCGGGUUCUGGUUGCAGAAGUGAAUGCCCUUCAGGGAAUGGCUGCUAUUGGUCAGAGGCCGCUGCUUAUGGAGGAAAUCAACACCAUCCUUCAGUACGUGGUGGAAAGGAACAAGCUGCUGCAGUGCCUCCACGCCAAACGCCAUGCGCUGGAAUCAUGGCGGCAACUUGUGGAGAUCAUACUGACCGCCUGUCCCCAGGACCUCAUUCCGACUGAGCACAGACAGCUCAUCAUACGAGACCUGCUGCAAGAUCUGCAUGAUAAGAUCCUCGACGACGACGCUGCCCAAGAACUAAUGCCCAUUGUCGCCGGGGCAGUCUUCACCCUCACCACUCAUCUCAGCCAAUCUGUACGUACCGAGCUGAAACAGCCGAUGGCUGCCGCUGGGCUGGGCCAGUCGCAAUAUGUGCAAAUGCUGGACGGCUCAUUCGCUGCCCCUCCUGGGACAGAAAACCUCUCCGCUGGUUUUGCAUCCAUUGGAGACUCCUCCCUUCACAUGAUUCUCAGGAAUCUGCUCGAGUUCAUUCUAAAAACAGGAGGUGGGUUCCAACGGGUCAGGGCCCACCUGUACGGAUCGCUGCUGUAUUACCUGCAGAUAGCUCAGAGACCAGAUGAACCAGAUACUCUGGAAUCCGCACACAAGACUAUGUGGGAGCGACUGACGGCCCCGGAGGAUGUAUUCAGCAAGCUGCAGCGAGACAACCUGUCCAUAUUCGAGAGCUACGGCACCGCCCUUAUGGAAGUGGUUUGCCGGGACGCCUGUGACGGACAUGACAUUGGGAGGAUGCUGGCCCUGGCACUGCUUGACCGGAUUGUCUCUGUGGAUAGGCAACAGUGGCUGCUUUAUCUCUCCAACAGUGGCUACCUGAAGGUCCUUGUGGAUAGCCUGGCAGAGGACGAUAUGGUCCUAAGGAACCUGCUAACUCCUCAGGCGCCUCUUCUAAAGGCUCUCUAUAUCUAUGAGUCGAAAAUGGCAUUUCUGACCCGGGUGGCUAAAAGCCAGCAGGGAGCCCUGGAGCUGCUGAGGAGUGGGGUUAUCGUCAGGCUGGCACAGUGCCAAGUAUAUGAUAUGCGCCCGGAGACUGACCCCCAUGGAGUGUUUGGCAUGAGAGAGACCCCGGUGUUUAUCCCCGCCCCGGUGGAACGAUACCGGCAAAUCCUGUUACCCGCUCUCCAGAUCUGUCAGCUCAUCCUGACCUCCAGCACGGCACAGCACUUACAGGCCGCCGGACAGGUCUUGCAGUUCCUGAUCGCUCAUUCUGAUACCAUCCAGGCAAUUCUCCGGAGCCAGGAGGGGAGUCUGGGUUCCUUGCAGGAGUUGGCUUUGCUUACAGGCAUCAUCAGCAAGGCCGCACUACCCGGUGUUCUCAACGAGCUCGAUAUCGGUUUAAACGAAGGGUCCAUGAUGGAGUUACAAGGACAUAUUGGCCGCUUCCAGCGCCAGUGUCUUGCGUUAUUAAACCGCUUUGGGGGGUCCGACCGACUUCGGCAGCUCAGUCUGCAGGAUGAUUCCUCCCAGCCGGACGGUGUGAGCAAGAGGGACGACAUGGAGUUGGCCAUGCAACAGAUCUGCUCCAACGUGAUGGAGUACUGCCAGACGCUUAUGAUACAGAACUCGCCAAGCUUCCAGCAGACUGUGUGUCUCUUCACCCCCAACCUCACGGAGAGCUCCAGCCGAGAUGGAACACGGCAGGAUUCCCAGGUGUCCAUUCUGCCGUCAUGGCGGUUGCCAGGCUUGGGUAUAGUGAUCCACCUUCUGAAGCAGAGCGCCAAUAACUUCUUCACUUACUAUGAUAUCCACCGGCAGAGCGUCAGCAAGCUGCAGAACGUGGAGCAACUCCCGCCCGAUGAGAUUAAAGAGCUGUGCCAGUCUGAGAUGCCGGUUGGCGUAGAUAAAAUCUCGACGACGCAGAAGUACGCGCUGGCACGGCGGCGACUCGUGAAGCUUAUCAACAGCAGAGCCAAACUGCUUUCUCUUUGUAGUUAUAUCAUAGAAACGUGUCUGUUCAUUCUGUGGCGCCACUUGGAACAUUACCUUCUGCACUGCACCACCAGCGACUCCCAGGACCCCGUCUUCUCGAAUACGACCUUCGGCAACAGAAGGUUUCAAGAUACAAUUAACACUGAUCCUAACAUGGACCUGAGGAACCUGAGACAGAAUAAAGUCAGCCAACAGGAAAUUGAUAUGCUGCUAAGAGAAGGCGCCAAUAGUUUCGGGGAGUCCCUGCAGAAGAGACUGUUAGACAUCGAAUCAUUGUACUGCAAGGUGCGAUCCCGUCACAGCUUCAUCCAGGCGCUGGUCAGGCGGAUCCGGGGCCUCCUGCGAGUAUCAAGGGCCUGAUGAAGAUCCGGGGGCCACAUACAAAGCACACACACAACUGUUUCUAAAUUAUCAUCUCCAAACCCCUUUUUUUCACUUCUUCCGACACCCUAUUGGGUCAGUCUUGUACGGAACUUUUUUAUUGACACUUGCAAAUCUAUUAAAAAAAAUAUAUUCCCUAAAA